AUGAAGAAGUCGUCCUUCAUCACGGCAUUCUUGGUGUUUAUGGCAUCGGUUUUGGCUUCUCACGGCGCCGUCGGCAACUUCUACCGGGAUGUUUCCAAAACAUUCGGCGACCAAAGAGUUCAGAUAUCCGAAGGCGGCCGGCAACUCAGUUUGUCCCUGGACCAACAGUCGGGUUCGGGUUUUCAAUCCAACAGUGAAUAUUGGUUUGGAAGAUUCGACAUGAAGAUGAAGCUUGCUCCCGGCAACUCAGCUGGCACUGUCACCACAUUUUACUUAUCGUCACAAGGGCCAGGGCAUAGUGAGAUUGAUUUUGAGUUCUUGGGGAAUGCUUCAGGGCAACCCUACACUUGUCACACCAACGUUUUUGCUCUUGGAAAAGGUGGCAAAGAACAACAAUUUCAUCUUUGGUUUGAUCCAACAGCUGCCUUCCACACUUACUCAAUCGUUUGGAACCCUCAACGCAUCAUCUUCUUGGUGGACAACAUUCAGAUUAGAGUGUUCAAUAACCACGAAGCCCAUGGAGUUGCAUUCCCAAAGGACAAACCUAUGAAAGUGUAUUGCAGUUUCUGGGAAGCGAGCGACUGGGCGACACAAGGCGGCCGUCUGAAGAUCGAUUGGGCAAAUGCACCAUUCAAAGUUUAUUACAGAGAUUUCAAUGCAAAUGCUUGCAUUCAUAAUAAAUCAUCAGCUUGUCAUCGUAUCGGAACAGAUUCCAUUAGCGAGUCGAUGAUUAGUGGUCAAGAGUGGAGAACUCAAGGACUUGAUGGCAAAGGCAGAAACAGGAUCAGAUGGGUUCAGAACAAGUUCAUGGUCUACAACUAUUGUUCUGAUUUAGCCAGGUUCCCUCAAGGUGUUCCCUCCGAGUGCAAACGUCCCAGGUUUUAA